AGAAAAGAAUUUUUAUAUUUUUUAAUACUUUACCAAUUCACAAAACAAAUUAUAACAGAGAAUGAAGAACUGGGCAAAUUUGCUGUUGAUAACCAUGCUUGUGCUUCUGCAAAAUAUGGCCGUGGAAUCUCAAGGUGACGAACCUCGUGCAUUUUACUUUAUUCAGCAGUGGUUACCAUCAUACUGCAAUCAAGAAGGGACACCAUGCUGCUAUCCAACAACAGGAAAGCCAGGAGCAAACUUCACAAUAUAUGGGCUUUGGCCUUACAAUGAUAAUGGUGUUUCCCUUGAAAAUUGUCCUGGUGCAAGUUUUGAUGUGGGCCCGCUUAAAGCCAUUGAGAGCAUGCUAGAGCAAGAAUGGCCAACAUUUACAUGCCCACAAAUCGGAAGAAAGUUCUGGCUCCAUGAAUGGAACAAACAUGGAGCAUGCUCUAAAUCAGUCCUAGAAGAAAUACAAUAUUUUGAGGCGGCUCUAAACCUCAAGAACAAGUUCAACAUCCUGCAAAUCCUGGGAAAAGCCAACAUCUACCCAGAUAAUGAGUUAUACCCACUUGAGACAAUAAAAGAUGUUCUGUUCCAGGCCACAGGACUUCAACCAUUGAUAUAUUGUAACCGUGAUUCUGAAGAGAACAGUCAGAUUUGGCAGAUUUUACUGUGUGUGGAUAAAACUGGGAUGGAACUCGUUAACUGUUCUAAUGUUCCUGAUGGACAAAGGGAAUGUACUUCUACCAUUAAGUUUCCAUCUUAUUAAUUUGGAAAAUUUAAUGGACUGAUUAUGAGUUUUUAGCUUUUUCAUAAUUUUUUUUAAAAAAUUCAUGUAGGACAUUGAAUUUUUAA